GCUCUCUUGAAAAGCUGGCCCCAGGGGUAGGUGCUGAGCACAGGACUGUCUACACCUGGGGUGUUAAUGUCAAGCCUGAGUACUGACACCCUGCAGCUGUGGAAGCCCUUGUGUUGUCUGUGGAGCCCUGGAAAAGGAGCAGUUGCCAUUACUCAUUUUCAAGCAUUCAAUGAAUAAUGAAGCAGAUAAAUCAAACUCCUAAUGGGAAGUGAUCAUUCACUCUGAGAUUGCCCUCUGAAGAUCCUCCGACAUGACCUUAUCCCAGAGACAGCUUUAUAUCCUUUUAUGAAUCCAAGCCAGCAUGGACCUUGGAGGCUUUUGGAGUACAGUGAUCUACGAGUCUGAAGCUUCCUUUGCCGCACAAGUUCUGGGCUCUGUGGAUCAUGGAGGGUUCACCUCUCCCAUUCUCACAGGACCACAAACCCUCCUGAAGGGCACUUUAAGCAGACACUCUCCAAGUGAGAAAAAGCUCAUCACAGAUGCCCUGAGUGAAGAGAUUGUACCCUCAGCAGAUCCAAGAUACAGUGGAAUGUAUUAUGGGAGAACAAACCAGCAGGGUAGCUAUAUCCUCAAACAAGGAGACCCAGGCAACCAUAUUUCUGUGUUGGCAGUGAUCUCAGCCUGUGGGGAAACCAGAGAUGUCUUACUUUGCUUUUCAUUUGAGCUGUGUGAUGUAGCUCAACUUCACUGCAUGGUCUCAUGAUGACUUUUGACAGAGGGCAGGGUGGAGGUCUUCCAGCAGAACAAGCUACUGUCAUCAAUCCCCGAGUGGACGACGUUUGGUGAACUAGGCAUUUUAUAUCACUGCACAAGGACAGCUUCUGUGAAAGGUACACAUAACUCAUUAUUAAAAUCCUACCAAAAAUGAAAUCAAUAUGUGCUGGAGUGAAAUUUUCAUUGUAUCCAGGUUCAUCUUGAAGUUAUCAUUUAAUAUAUACAUACAUGUCCUGACCCUGCCUCUAAGCUUAAGUAUUUCCUCUUUGAGUUCUUCCUAUCUGGAGAUAUAAUAAUACCAAGACGUGAACAUAUUUCCUUCUCC